AUGGCUCCCCCCAAGCGCAUCAAUGUUGGAGGCUCUGGCCGCCGUGCUCCCAAGGGUGUUAUCGGCUCCACCUAUGACGCUCUUACCUCCCCCGAGAACGCCGCUGUCGUCCGCAGUAUCGCUAUCUUUGGUGCUGCUGUGACAUUCCUCUCCAGCUCUUGGGGUGAGAUCCUUCUACCUCCUCAGUAA